AUAUAUUUAAAUUUUGAAAAUAUAUUUAUAUUUGAGUCUAAAUUUACAGUUGACAAAAACAAACUUUCAAACAAAGCACAACAAAUCCGACCUUGCAUUUUAAGAAAGCAAAGAGAAACGUCAAUUUAAUAUACCCCAUCUUGAACCGGACCAGGCUGUUAAUGGAAGUUUGUCAAGCGAAUGUAAACAAGCAACAACUGGGAACGACCAGAAGGCAACAAGCAACACGCCCAGGAAUUGUUUUAAUUUAUUCUUGCAGAGAGCCAACUUUCUAAUACACAAAGCAUACAUAAAUGGUUUCUACUUUCAUUGGCCUAUUGGACAUACAAUCAUGGUGGGAGAUACCGUGUAUUUCGCAUUUCUGUUCAUUGUUUAGUUCCGCCUUCGAUUUGCCCGACAUUGAUAUAGAGGAUCUCGAAUCGGCGCUGCUCUCCGAUGGUACCAGCGAUGAGGAUCAAGUUGCCUUAGUGCCCGAAUUAAUUGUACGCCUGCUGACCGGCUGCGAUGCGCUACAGUCGGUAGCCAAUGAGAUAACACACAGCAAUUAUCAGAUGUUUUUGCGCCGUUUCCUGCGCCAACAGUGUCGCCUGCAUCAGACAGAGAAUCACUUUGAUACGGACAUUGACUUUCAAUCGCUGCCGGUGCGCAAGCGUCUACAAAUUCUGCACGAUCUGUGCCAUUUUCGCCUGGACUCUGUCGAUGUGCAGGUCAUACUAAGCAACCUAGAGGCGGACAGUUUGCGCGUUGAGCCGCUCGGCUACGACGCCAAAAAUUCAGGAUAUUGGUAUUUCUACGGUACGCGACUCUAUCGCGAGGAUAAGGCGACAACAACGGCCACUGCUACCGGUUCGGGCAAGUCAGCUGCUGCUGCUGCUGCUGCGCUCUCCAGUAGUGGCGCCGGCUCUGGUGGCAACACGAUCCUAGGCGGCAACAGUACCGUCUGGCAGGUCAUUUGCUUCACCGAGGAGGAUUGGCAGAAUUUGGCAGCCAAAUUCAAGACCUCAACGAAUGGUAAAGAGCGUGAACUCUUCCAAAUACUGGAUGAGAACUUUCUGCCCAAGCUGCCGCAGCUGUUUCGCGAACGUGAACGUCUGAGACGCAGAAAAUUACUGCAAGUGCGCAACUCCAGUCGCAUACGUAAUCUCGCCGAGCUCAAGGCGCGCCAGGAGGAGGAGCGUGUGAAGCGCGAACGUGAACGCGAACGCGAACGUGAACGUCGUGAGCGACAAUAUUCAGUUCAUUUGGCGCCGCCGGCGGUACAGCAGCGCUCACGCAGACGGUUAGCACGUCCAGUAUUAUAUUCUCAAUCGACUUCAACGGCUAGCGGUAUUUCAACUUACGCAAGCUCCCUCAGACGUACAACAACAACUAAUUCGAGCGAAUUUCUGUGCCACAGGGAAACUUUUUGUCUAUCGCCAGAAGAGGAUGAUCAAAACGACGACGAGGAGCCGAAUCAAGAGCAACAGCAACAACAGCAACAACAUCAACAGCAUCAACAGCAACAAUUAGCGCAACAACAACAGCAAGAGCAACAACAACAGCAACAAGAAGAAGAGGAACACGAGCAGCAGCAGCAAGAGCAGCAUUUGAACGCUGUGACAGCAGCUGGCGAUAAAUUCCGUUCACCGCCACCGCCGCCCAGAGAAAAAUCACAAACGCCAGCGAAAUUCAAGAGCAAGAGCCACCACCAUCAUCAUCAUCAUCAUCAUCACCACAAGAAGAAAAAGUCUGGCAAGAAGCAAAAGAAACGCUCACGCGAGCGUCGCGAACGGGAACGGGAACGAGAUCAACAUCAUUAUCAUCACCAUCGGCGGCGUCAUAAGCAUGCGUCUGAGACAGACGAGCACUGCGAGGACACCAACAACAAUAACAACAGCAACAACAACGAGCAAAGCAACAACAGCAGCAGCAGCACAACAGCCGCUCGCAGCCACAAGCGACGCCACAGUCGCCAGCAGCAGCAGCCACAGCAGCAGCAGCAACAACAACAACAGCUGGAGCCGAGCCCAGAGACGACCGAGCCGCAGCUGCUGCACGCCGCGUCGCUGAGUCCCGAGGAUAAGGAGAACUUUUGCCGACAACUGCAAUUGCUGGAUUCAAAUUCGGCGGCCAUUGCGGUCGCCACAAGCAUUGCGAACCUGAGCCUGCCCUCGCCUGUGGCGCAUGACAGCGAGGAGCAACUGCAGCCAGCAGAGCCAAACACAGCACAGCCAGUGGCUGCCAAGCGCGAGGAGCAGAUGGCGCCAGCGGCCAAUGUGAAGCUGCCCGGCCGGCAAACCAACAAUUCACUCAGCUCCCUAACGGGCAACAUUUUCAUACCAACUGGCGGCAACGCGUCCGCCCACCAGCAACAGCAGCAGCAGCAACAUAGCAACAGCAACAGCAACUCCGCAGCCGAGACGACGGCACGGUCCAAGAAACAAAAGGCCAGUGUGAGCGCCGGCAGCUCCGGCAGUAAAGCGGAACGCAGUGCCAGCAAAUCGGAGGCGCCGGCGAAAAGCAAAAAAUCAACGGCGGCUGCAGCGCCCUCCUCGGCUGCCUCCAGUGCCUCCUCGUCCAGCAAGGCGGAACGCUACAGCAGCGCCUACUCCGACAAAAGUGCCGAUGACCAUGUAAAUAGUAACAACCGUAGCAACAGCAGCUUUAACAACAACAACAACAACCACCACCACCACCACCACCACCAUAAGCACGCGUCGCACCACAAUCACAACAACAACAACAAUCACAACCACUCAACGCCGGAAGCAACAACAACCGCAACAACAACAACAACGUCGCACGGAGUAGCCCACACACCUUCACACAACACCCAUCAUACGCACAACAACACCCACCUUCAUAGUCAUAUUAACAGUAAUAAACAUAAAUCUCACUCCUCGACAACAACAACAACAACAAACCUAACCAGACCCAUAACACACCAUCUAACAACAACAACAAACCCAACAACAAUCACAACAACUUCAACAACAGCGAAAGCAAACAACAAUGCAACGUACAACUCCUCAAAUCAUGCGAAUAUUCUUAGCUUUACCGAAACGGAGGAGGUACUACAAAUCGGAAUGCACAAGGUGCUUGUCUAUGUCAAAAAUCAUCGGGAUGCAUGGCCCUUCAUGGAUCCCGUUGAGGAGGAUAUUGCGCCGCGCUAUUACUCAAUCAUUAGAAGGCCCAUGGACCUGCUCAAGAUGGAGGACAAACUGGACAGUGGAGAGUAUCACAAGUUUAGCGAAUUUCGCAAUGAUUUUCGCUUGAUUGUCAACAAUUGUCGACUGUACAAUGGCCACAACAACGAGUACACGGAAAUGGUCAACAAUCUGCAGGAAGCCUUCGAUAAGGCAACCAAAAAAUAUUUCGAUAAUCUCUCCGAGGACGACGAUGAUGAUCCGAAUUUAAGUUAUCCCGCCGCUGAUUCCAAGAUGAAUGUCUUUCGCGAGAAGUACUUUAGCAAGAAGGCGAAAGGUGACGACGAGAAGGAAUCCUCGGCGAACUCUGCGUCCAGCAAGCGUCUGCAGGACAGCAGCGUCGAGGAGGGGCACCACAGCGACACAGAGGAGCCUGCGGAGGCGACAACACACGCGCAAAAGCGCAAGCGCAAGGAGAAGGAUAAACGGCGUAAGAAGAAAACCAAAAGCAAAGCGGAAAGAAGCAGUCACAACGAUGACAUGGACACCGAUGAGGAGGACCUGGAGCCAGAGCCACCGCCACCACCGCCGCCGCCGCUAGCAAUGAAAAAGAGCAAAAGCAGCAAAGUACUUAAGGAAAAAGACAAGGACAGGGACAAGGACAAAGAGCUAACUGGUGGAUCCUCAGGCAAACGUGGACGCAAGGCCAAAGGCAGCAAGUCCUCGCAGAACCAGACAACCAGCUCCUCGAAGCCCAACACCAAAACACAAAAGACCAAAAAAGCGGGCAAAAAGUCAACGCCCGAAACGGAACCAGAGUCGGAGCUAAGCGAGCCGCCGCCGCCGAGUGAGCCCGAGUCUAGCGACGAUGAGGAACUGGCUUUGGCCAAAGUCAAGUCUCUGGUGAAGCCGACGGCGCGCACAAUUGCGGCACAAAAGAAGAAAAUGGUGCCCGCCGAGUCCAAGGUGAAGACCCCAACGCCCGUCAAGCGUCAGCCAAAGAGCAAAAGAGUUGGACGCGGUCGCGCCAAAGCCGAUCGGGAGCUGGCCGACCUGGACGACGAUGACGACAGUCUAUUGUAUGACAUCAAUGCAAAGAAACAGCUGCCGCCAACAGCUGCUGCGGCGCUUGCUGAAUCCGCUGCAGAGCUGGAGGAAGAUGACGAGGACAAUGACGAUGCGGACGACGAUGAUGAUGAUGAGUCCAGAUCGCGCAGCAUGUCACCCUUCAAGGUGGAUCUGCACAAAAAAUACUCAAAGAGCGCACUCAACGAUGAUCUCUCCGAGCUGCUGACAACCGUCAAGAAGGUGACCAGCGCCGAGACCUCCAAGCUGAGCGCACGCCACGAAGGCGACAAGUCCGACCAGGACUCCGAGUCGGACUAUAUGUUGCACAGCAGCUCCGAUGAGCGGCGGCGUCGCCCGCCCUCGCCGGUGGCCGUCAAGCGGGGCAAGAAAAUCGAGACGCCGCCAGUGAAAAAGGAAAAGGACCGGGAGCGGGAGAAGAAAAGCCGACAAGACAAAGACAAAGAGAGGGAGAAGGACAAAGAUAGGGAUAAGGAAAAGUCGCGCAGUGCCAAGCACAAGAAGAGCUCAGCGGAAUCGGCGGCUGCUGCAGCCGCUGCUGCCGAGCAGGCGGAACUGGAGAUGCUGCUGCCAUUUAUGGACAAAUAUGACGUCAUCAAAUAUCGACGCAGUCGCGCCGCGCAAAGCGGCUCCACCAGUGCAACCAAUUCGCUGGCACCCUCCGAGGACUCCAAGUCAACCAGUGUCAAGAGUGUGUCCACAAACAAAAAGAAGCGCGAAAAUACCACAGAGCCAGCGGCGGAACAUAAACGUGGUCGUAAAAGCAAAGAGCAAAAGCAUCAAAAGGAAUCGAAUCUAAACGACAAAGCGUCUACCAAGCAGGAGAAGAGCGAGAAGGCGGAGGAGAAGCCCGUGGAGAAGGCCAAAAAAGCAGAAACGCCAAAAAACGUUGAGAAGCCAUCGCGGGAGUUGACGCCGCCGCCACCGGCGCCUGCAAAGACCUCAACGCCGCCGGCGCCAGUUGCUCGGACAGAGCUGGCCUGCGGCAAGGAUGCGGCCAAGGGCAGCGGAGGUGCCGGCGCCAGCAGCAAUGCCAAGCCGAAGGAGAGCAACGUCAAGGCAAGCAGCAAGAAGCAGCGAGCCGAUAAGCAAAUGCCGCCGCCGCCAAAGCCCGCCGAGAAGUCAUCCGUGGAAAAGGGCGGCGGUCACAAGAAGCUAACCGGCAAAAAGGCGGCGGCGGCCGCGGCCGCGGCACAGAAAGCGGCGCCCAGCAGCAAUACGAAUCUGGAGGCGCUCGACGUGGAAACGGAGCAAACGCUGAAGGACAUCAAUCGUUGGCUGGAGCACACGCCGCGGUUCUCCGAGUUCAGCUCCGCCAGCAAUUCGCCCUCGCGCUACAAUCUGCUGGAUGACUUCGACUCGGCCAUUGGCAGCAAACUGGACGCGGCCGACUUUAGGAGACCCGUCGCCCUGGCUGCGCCCAAGGCGGAACUGGUGCCCACCAAGCUGGCGGAGGCGCUCAACGAGCUGGUCAGCGAAACGUCGGCGACCAAGCCGGGCGGCAACAAACUAGACGCGGAAACUUUGCCCACGGCCAGCAGCGUGAGCAGCAGCUGCGGCACGCCGCCGCAUUCGAUGCACUCGGGCAACUCCAUAGGCAGCACCUCGGCAACGGCGGCCAGCUCGAGCUCCGCCUGCUCCAAUAACUCCACGUUAUCCGCACAGCAGCAGCCAGCAGCAACAGCGCCGCCCGUCGUCGCGGCCCCGCCCACAGCAGCAGCAGCAACAAUUGUGGCGACAACCGCGCCGCCCGUCAAGCCGAAGGAGCCGAGCAGCACACAGCUGUUGCUGAAUCCGCCGCCACCGCCGCACAUCAAGCAACAGAUGGCCAAGGAGGCGAAGCGCAAGUCGCUCAAGGAGAAGCUGGCGGCCAAUGCACAGGCGCAGCAGGCCAAGGCCAAGGCGAACGUGAUGCGCACCAUCGAGCGUCUGCAGCCGGGCAAGACCAAGGGCAAUUUGAUACAGAAUGUGGUUGGGUCCAAGAUGGAUGAGCUGGAAACCCUGCUCUGUCCGGUGGUCAGCAAGUCCAAGUCAGAAACCAAAAACGCGCUCAUCACCGAGUGCAGCGACACGGCGCCAAAGCUCAGCCUGGGCACGGUCAUCAAAACGCAGGACUUUGCGCUGGGCAAGACCCUGGAGGAGCUGGCGAACAAGCAGCAGGAGCACGAUCCGGAGUCCAAAGAGCACAGCAGCGCAGAGGAGUCAGCAGCGGCCACAACGCCUACCAAGGAGCCUAUGCCCAAGCCAUUCGAGGCGCUGCUCGAGCUGAGCAAAGCCAGCGAAUUGGCCUCAAAGGCGGCCGCCUCAGCCGAGGGCAAAGAGAAGCCGAAUCUGAGUGCAUGGCUCAAAGCUUUCGGCGGCCCCAAGGUCAACAAGAAAUCCACCAGCGAGGAGGAGAAACAGCCAACGACAACACAGUCACAGCUUCUGGCACAGGACGACGCCCGGGUGGCGCCGCCCGCACACUCGCCCGCCGCCGGCGACACAAACUUUUCGCUGCCCGUGGUCAUGCGGCAGCGCAAGCCGAGCACGGGCAGCACGAACUCGGAGCGCAGCUCAUUCAGUCAGGAUCCGGACUCGCCGCGCAUAGCCAUCGAUGAGCGUUACGGUUCCUAUGCGGCUGGCUCGUAUACAUCGCCCAUCUGCGCCUCGCCCAUCGGCGCCUCGCCCAUUAUGGUGUCGCCCAAGCCGAACGAUGACAUGGGCAAGCCGGCGUCACCGUAUACGUUGAAUGGCGCCAUCAAGGUGGGCUUCUAUCAGGACACGACGACCAAGAGCAGCCCGGACAAGAGCUGCAGUCCGCGCGAGAUGAACUCACCGUAUCCGCAAUAUUCUCAGCACAUUUACUCGUCGGCAUCGUCGCCAAAUGUGUCCACGCCCGAGCUGAGUGGCACCUCGCCUUAUGGUGGCGGCAAUAGCUAUAAUCCGUCUGGUUCGGAGGCGUCCAAGACGCCAGCCUAUUCCUCCACCUCGCCACUGCCCAUCUACGAUCAGUACAAACAGCCGCGCUCCCAAGAAUCCGACUACAACUCUUCGAUGAGCCCCAGCACGCCCAAUCCGCAUUCACCCUAUCAACAGCCGCAGAGUUCGCCCUACACCACGCCCCACUCGACGCAGCCUUCUCCCUAUCACGCCCAGUCGCCCUACCAUCAGACCGCGCAUUCGCAGCCGCAGUCGCAGCAGCAACAGCCCUCGCACAGCCCCAAUCCUCAGCAACAGCAGCAACAGGCGCUCAGCCCGAUGCCCAGCAGCGUGGAUUCGCCUGCCUCCUCGGCGGCCACACAGCCGCCCACCCCGCUGGCACAGUCGCCGGCCGAGCAGCAGCAUUCGCCGUACCAACAGCCCGUGCUGUCGCCCUAUCAGCAGCAAGUCGUGCAAGUCGUGCCGCCGUCGCCUGUGGUGCCUGCUGCAGUGGCAACGACAACAAUGGGCAACAAUGGCUAUGCGCCAACGCAUGACAACUACCAGCAGCAACAACAGCAGCAACAGCAGCAGCAACAUUCUUUGUACAAUCCGGCAACGCUGAUCAAUCCGCUGCCACCUGCUGCUCCCGUGGCGGUAUCCACAGCGACGCCUAAGGCUAACAACAAUGAUUGGAGUCUGGGACACAGCCUGCUGCCGCCUAACCUAGCCACGAAUCAGGUCACACAACAGCAGCAACAUCAGAAUCAACAGCAGCAACAACAACAGCAGCAGCAGCAACAUCAGACGCUGGCUCAUCAGCAGCAGCAGCUGCAUGGCAUGAAGCCCAAGUAUCCAACCUAUGCACAAUAUCAGUCGACAAAUGCGGCGGCCAAUGCAGCAGCAGCCGCAGAUGCUGUUGACAGUCAGCAGCAGCAGCAACAGCAGCAGAAAAUUGUGCCGCCCAGCUAUGGCAGCGAUAUGGCCACUUUUAUGCAGCAUCAAAUGCAGCAGCCCGCCAAAACGGAUACGUUAAUUAAUCCGUUGAAGCGCGCCAACGAGGAUUACAGCGAUGUUGCUGCUAGCAAAUUGACCAAGCUGGACGAGAAUCAUAUGCAGCAGCAGCAGCAGCAGCAGCAAUUGCACACAGCAACACAACAGCAACAGCAACAGUCACCGCAAUCGCUGCUCAAUAAGCAACAGCAAAUGUUCAAUAGUUUUCUGGGCUCCAUGGCCUUUAACAAGCAGCUGGGCACCAUAGCGCCAGAUAAGGCAUUCGAAAUGUAUAAUCGCGCGGCGGCUAUGGGUUUUCCCAAGGACUUUGCCAAGGACAACAGCGCCUGCAACAUGCAGCAGCAGCAACAGCAACAGGCAGCGGCCAACAAGCAGCAGAGCAGUCAGCAGCAGCAGCAACAACCGCAGCCGCAUUUGACACAGCUGCAGCCGCCGCAUAAUCUGAAUUAUCAGCAGCAGCAGCAAAAGUUGACGCUGCAACAACAGCAGCAACAACAACAGCAGCAGCAGCAGCAGCCACACAAUGCCUACCAGCAACAGGCGCAGCAGCUCAACCACAACUAUGCACCAGCAGCAGCUGCUGUUGCUGCCGUGCAACAGCCGACAUCCGGCAAGCCCGCGGCAACACAGGCUGCUGUGGCGGCCAACAGCGACAACAGCAACAUGUUGCACCUGCCGGCGCAUCAGCAUCAUCUCAGCCAGACGCAUCAUUUGGCUGCCUACAAUAAACCUACACCGCCGCCGCCGCAAACCUACAACAAUCCGUUGAUGCACACAUUGACCGAGUCCAUGCUGGCCUAUCCGGUUAACUACUUUGACAAGAAUAUGCCGCCGGCGGCGCAUAUGUACAGUGCGUCCAGUGCGGCCACAGCGUACGGUAAUCCCGCCCAGCAACUGCCCGGCAACUAUGUGCCCGGCAGCAACAAUGGCGCGCAGCCAUCGCCACAGCAGCAACAGCAACAACAGCAGCAGCAACAGCAGCAACAGCAGCAGCAACAACACGCAGCGCCAGCUGCUGAGGUCAAGGCGCCUGCCAAGCGUGGACGCAAGAAGAAGGCGACCACAGUUGCUGCCGAGGCAAAUGCCAAGCAGCAGCAACAACAGGUAGCAGCACAACAGCAGCAGCAGCAACAACAACAGCAACAACAGCAGCAGCAGCAACAUAGCCAGCAGCAGGCAAUGCCGCAGUACAACAUGCCACAGAUGCCCACAGCUGCCGCAGCACACACUCAGGUGCUGCAUCAGGGUUUCCAGCUGUAUGCGGGUCUCAAGUCCGGCGGCGUGGCAUCGCCAGCGGCGGGCACAGCAGCAGCAGCAGCCGCCGCUGCGGCAGCAGCAGCUGCCUCGGCUGGCAGCGCGCCGGGCAGCAAUCAGACGGCAGCGGAUGCGGCUGCCAUCUCGCUAAAGACCUCCACGGGCGGCAUGGUGCCGGGCAGCGCCUUCAACUUUGCGCCCACGCCCAGUGCGCUGGGUUUGUAUGGCGAUCAGACGGCGGCUGCGGCGGCCAGCAGCUAUUUGGAUCAGUUCCGUGAUGCGCCCAAUCCCUACUAUAUGCCGCCGGCGCCGGCGCAUAGUGGUGCCGCAGCGGUAAAUGCCGCUGGCAAUGCGUCGGACAAGACACAGAAUCCAUUGAAUACGGCCGCUGGCUCCUAUCCGUUUCUGGCUGCAGCGCAUCCAUCGACACGGGCCGCAGCUGCCGCGGCGGCAUAUCCCUUUGCUGCCACCCAACUGGACCCCAAUUCGCAGCUGUACCAGCAAUAUUUGCGUCGCGAUGACUUCCAUGCGCGCAUGAUCUUCAAUCAGAGCCUGUUGGGCGGCCCGGCUGCCGCUGCUGCCGCGGCCGGCUAUGGCCAGCCGCCGCCGCCGCCGGCCGCCUAUCGACCCUCGGCUCUGGGCAUGACCAAGCCGUAUGAUAUUAAUAGGCAAUCAUGGUUUUAGCAGUACGCCAGUGCCGCCAAUGUGGACCUGCAGGGCGACGACCUGAAUGCGUCGUCUACGGCGGCGACGGCGGCGGCGACGGCAGCGGGGGCGGCGGCAGUUACAGCAGGGGGCGUGGCUGCAACAGCAGCAGCUGCUGCUGCAGCGACAGCGCCUGCAACUUUGGCAAAUGCACAGCAUUAAGUGCGAUUGGUUUCAAAAAGAGUUUUCAACGUGUGCUAAAACCGAACUGGGAGCGUUUUAUAAUUUGUCCUGAUAAUAUAUAUAUAUAUAUGUGGUUAUGUAUGCCGACUCGAAUUCUAGUCUAAUAGAAUCGCGAUGAUUGUUUUGAUUGUGUGUGUGUGUGUAUGUGCGUGUGCCUGAGUGUGUGUAUGUGUCACCCUAACUCUCCCCACUCAACCAUGCCCAAUUUUAACCCCAUUUCCUGCCUUUUUUCACACCAUUUUGUGCAAUGUUCUAAACUUUCAAACGUCGCCCAGGUUUAGCACAACGUUCGCAACUAACACUUUAGAUGCGUCGUUUUUUUUUUUGAAUAAUCUUAGUUUCAAGUUUUUCUGUUAAUGACAAAUCUAUAUAUGUAAUUGUUUAUAUAAAAGUUAAUGGUAGUUAAAAGAAGAAAUCAAAGCGGAAACAAAAUGGGAAAUCGAUGAACACGAAUGAUUCUAAGAAUUGUUUCAAUUGCUUCCGACUAUUGUAAGCCUUUAGUUUGCAGAAUUUAACUAAGCGUAUUAAUUGUAAAUUAGCUAUUAUUAUUAUUAUUAUAUUAGAUUAUAUUAUAUUAUUACUAUAUAAC